ACGCGAAUUUAUGUCUCUUCCAAUUCGUCUCGUUUCGCGAUUCCUCACCCUGGUCGAUCGGAUUACGAUCUGACGGUAAUGACGGCCCGUAAAUCACGGGGCGCAUGACGGCCGUCCUUUCCUCCAGCCAUACCUGAGUACAAUAAUAGAUUUGGCUGGAACCUGCAGCCUGAUUAAAUAAAUAGUAUUGUGUCUCUGCCUCUCUCUCUCUCUCUCUCUCUUUCUUUCGGACUGCUCCGCCAGUGGCGUCCGUCUGCAUCCCGCUGCUGUGCGAACAACGUUCACCUCGACGUUUUUCCAUCGUAAUUUCGAAAUUCGUAUACAUAACCUAUAUCGUUGUUGCGAGAUUAAAUUGUUACGUGCGUGAUGUUACAUGCAGGUAACGGGAUACGCUUGCUGCCGUAAAAUCCGCGCGAGAACGAGUAUAGUUCAGCCCCCAACGUACACGUCGUACAAGCAAGCAAGUAUGGAGGGUCAACAGUUCUGUUUACGGUGGCAUAACUUCCAAAAUACACUCUUGAGCUCUCUCCCAAAAUUGCUCGACGGUGGUCAUCUAACAGAUGUCACAUUGAGUGCUGGUGGUAGACAUAUUCAUGCUCACAGAAUCAUAUUAUCAGCUUGUAGUUAUUAUUUUAAAGAACUGUUUAAGGACUUGAGCUCUUUGCAACAUCCUGUUAUCGUGCUACCAGGCAUGGAAUAUGCAAAUUUGUGUGCUCUAGUCACUUUUAUGUAUAAUGGAGAGGUGAACAUUUACCAGGAACAGUUGCCUGCUCUUUUAGCUAUGGCUGACACAUUGCACAUUCGUGGAUUAGCUGAUAUAGCUGGGAAAAACGCGAGGCGUGAUAAUAACAGCCUCUACGUGCAGCCACCGGUGGCGACGACACAGCCGCAGGAGAAAGUCUUGUCGAACGAGAUGAUGAUAAAAAAGGAGUCGAAGGAUAACAAUGUCGCGAGUGUCGAAUCGUCGAUGGAAUCGGUGUCCGCGCCGUUGCUGCCGGAGGUAGCGGAUAACUUAGACGAGGAAUCGAGCAACGAUCGUGAGACUAUACCGUAUUGCGUAAAGACAAAACCCUAUUACUCUAUAAACGCGAAGCUAAAUCAAAGGGAAAAGGUACCUGUCGUUCCUGCCAACGCGUCCACCGUGAACAAAUAUAUCGAUAAAGUGUACUCGGAGAGCGGAAUGGACGAAACGACCGCGCUGCCGCCGCCACCACCGCCGUCGGCGCUCAUAGAGGAUCGAUCGAUCACGUCCGUGGUGGAGGAUGUGAAACCACCGGCACCACCUCCGCCGGCGGUGUGGGACGCGAAUUUCAAGUUUCUCGCAGCGUCCGCGCCUAGUAGGACCACCCCUCAAACCUACAACAAGUCCAGUGUCACUUGUCUCAUUUGUGGCAAACAGUUGAGCAAUCAGUACAACCUGCGGGUACACAUGGAGACUCACAGCAACAGCUCGUACAGCUGCGCGGCGUGUUCGCAUGUGUCGCGAUCCCGAGACGCUCUCAGGAAGCACGUGUCGUACAGGCACCCGGUGACCCCUCCACAGAAACGUACACGUUACAGCGCGUCGAAACCAUAAGAGUUUCUCUACUCGUGUUACCAUAGACACUCUUAGGUCCCACGCUAGGAUCUCCGGAUCGAAGAUUAUGAAUUUUGCCCGGUUGAGGUUUGAGGUGAGAGACAGUGAAUGAGCGAGUGAGAGGGAGAGAGAAAAAGAAAAAUAUUUUAUUAAAUAUAUUGAAU